AUGUCGGACUCGCCAACCCCGUACGAAAUUCAAGGCUGGGACACCGGAGACGAACAUCUUGAUAUAAGCAUUCACGUCAACGGUUUCCGUUUCACAAUCACCGUGUCUCCCGAUUACUUCAAGGACUCGCCUCGUGCGAUCGGCCACUUCCGCGAAAUAUUCGACAAAAUUGAGGCCGGCAACGACGACUCUCCGGACGUCUGGGACUAUGCCAAACAAGUUGCCGACAUUUUUUUGCCGGAGUUCGAAGUUCUGGCACCACCUAGACUACAGAGUGGCAAAUUGACGCUCGCUGACCUAUCCAUUCGCGGCUCUUUCGAAUGUCAAUACCGAGUCAUUAAAGAAGAGCCCAUGUCAGUCGCAGUCACAGAACGGGUAUGGGACGAUACAUUACUCCCCGCAGAAUGGGACAUGCGCUCUAUCCAAUCUGCGUUCCCAGUGGUUGAUCCAGUAGAGGUGGAGAUACCAUAUAGCGACGAUGACUCCAUUUACGAUAUCAUCCCUCGACAAGUGUUCAUCAGAGGUUGGACCCUCUUUUACAAGCCAUGCUGGUCGCCUUACGAUGCCAUUGACGAAGUCGAAAAGUACUCCCGCAUCUACAACUCAGGCUUGUCUACAGAGCAACUGAGCACGGCCCGACUCUUCGGUGUGGUUGCAGGCCGGGGAGGUCAGGCCAAAGGAUUGCUCUACGAAUGGAUAGAGACGAAAGGUGCCGGAACUCUCGCAUCGACUAUCAGCGCCGACACUCCGCUGGCAUUGAGGAAGAAAUGGGUUUCACAGAUCAGCAACGCCGUGGCACGAUUGCAUCGCCUGGGUGUCGUUUGGGGCGACGUGAAGCCGGACAACGUUCUCAUCGACAUUCAUAAUAAUGCGAUUGUCAUUGACUUAGAGGGUGGUACGACCCGGGGGUGGGUCGAACGCGACGUUGGUGACUCCAUAGAGGGCGAUCUUCAGGGCAUUGAAAAGCUCGUUGAUUUUAUUCUCAACGACGAAAGUCCGCUACGCCUUGGCAUCAAAAUCACACAGUGA